UUCUAGUCGACUAAAGAAGACGUCUUUGGCGACUUUCUCAAUCUCAAGGACUGCGUCUGUACCGUGUUUGAUAAAAAAAGGAACCCGUCUCUUUUUUUUUCAAAUGAAGGCAGCUCAAAUCGCAAAAAGAAAGAAAAGAAAACUGGCCAAACCGAACCGUGUAGUAGCUAUCCAACGAGCACACCCUUUCCCAUCCAAACCCUCGCCUCCGCGCGCCGCCGGCGCCGAUGGGCGAGCUCGCAGAGGAUCUCUUCCUCCGCCUUCCGACGGAGCUCGUCGAGGAGGUAUUUUUCCGCCUUCCACCGGACGAGCCCGCCUGCCUCGCACAAGCCUCCGCUGUCUGCAAACCCUGGCGCCGCAUCCUCGCCGAUGUGGGCUUUCGCCGCCGCUACCGCAAGUUCCACGGAACGCCUCCCGUCCUGGGUCUCUUCCAACGGGCCGACUGGCUCUUCCGACCGGGGUCCCGCUUCGUUCCCACCUCCGCCCUCUUCCCUGCCCAGCCCGACCAUCCCGAUUGGCUUCCCAUGGACUGCCGCCACGGCCGCGCCCUCUUCGACCGCACCUGGGACAAAUCCCUCAUGGUCUUGGACCCUCUGACGGGCCACCAGCGCCUCGUGUCCUCCCCCUAUACUUACUCGGUCAGAUUCAGUGCGGCGGUGUUCUGCGCCGGCGCCGCACAAGGCUGCGACCACCACGGUUGCCAAGGAGGUCACUUCCGUCUGGCCGUCGUGACCACCAAUGAUGUCCAAGAGGUCACAUCGGGCUGGCUCUACUCGUCGGAGACUCGCGUGUGGAGCGACCUCACCUCUCUUCAUCACCCCAAUCUCAGAUUUACCAAUUUGGCUGCGCCUAGCGUCCUUGUGGGUGAUGCACUCUACUUCAACCUUGGUGGCAUCAUCGAGUGCCAACUUGGUACACUCUGCCUGUCAAUGUUCGAGAAGCCGAUCGAUGGCAAAGGGACUCUCAUGGCGACGCAAGGCGGUCUGCUGGGAUUCGCUGCUGUGGUGGAUGCCGCAAAUCUAACCCUUUGGUCGAGGGAGGCCGGACCCAAGGGAGCCAUGGGAUGGGCAAAACUCAGGAUAAUUGAUCUUGAGGCGCUGCUCCCUGUUGAUGCCAUGUCCCUAACAUUGGAAUUCAGGAGGAGGGUAUUCAGGAGGAUCAGUGGCAUCGCUGAGGGCACCCAAAUCAUUUUUGUGAUAGCACGUGCUGGUUCUUAUAUGGUUGAUCUCGAGUCAGGGCGAGUCAGGCCGGUGUCUCGUCUUUGCAGAAAAAUCUUUCCCUACAUGAGCUUCUACAUACCAGAGACCGUGGGAAAUUGGUGACUGUUGCAGUCCUUUGGACGAUUUGGCUCACCAGAAAUUGGAAAGUGUUCGACGACAUCUCAAUGCCCCCUGUGACAGUGCCAAGGCAAAUGUUCAGAGAUGGUGAGGCUCUGGUCUCACAGCCAAACGAUCAGAGUUGGGGAUUCCAUCCAGAGCUGGAUCGAAGGCUGAAAUGCAUCUUCUUCCUGAGUGUGUAAGACUGUUUGUAUGCUUACCUUGUUUGCUGUUUUUAUGAAAUGCAAAGAAAAUAGGCAGCGGCCUCCCCUCUCGACUUCGCUUGAAAAAAAAGUGUUCAUGUAGCACCGAGAUGAAUGUU